CUCGUGACAAUCACAUUAAAUUAAUAAUAAUAUUGGAUUUUAUGAAUUUUUACUGGUGAUCAACCGCUGGACGGUGACACCGAAUGGUUUAUCAUUUUCUCUGGUUAAAGAAAGAAAACAAAGAGAGUAAAAACUGUAGUGAAGGAUUAGUGAAAGAAAUCUUUUCCACUUUUAAGAAUUUUUUCUACAGCUGAUAAUUGAACUUGUGAAAACGUUUAAAACAACUUUUGUGAGAAUAGAAUCAAGAUUAAUAAAUUAAGAUGACAACGUUUAUAAAAACAGUUACCGAAAACUAUCGGGACUUGAUGGACAACAAAAGUGAUCCCAGAGUCAACGACUGGCCUCUGAUGAGUGGUCCUCUUCCCACAUUCCUCAUAUGCAUAUCUUACGCUUAUUUUGUCAAAGUACUGGGCCCAAAACUCAUGGAGAAUCGUAAACCGUUCAGCCUCCGGAGAAUAAUGAUAGGCUACAAUUUAUUUCAAGUUAUAUUCUCAACUUGGUUGUUUUACGAGAGCCUGGCUGCUGGCUGGUGGAACGAUUAUUCAUUCAGGUGUCAGCCCGUUGACUACUCAAGGAGGCCAAAAGCCAUGAGAAUGGCGAGUGGAUGCUGGUGGUAUUUUAUCUCAAAAUUCACCGAAUUCCUUGAUACAUUGUUCUUUGUAUUGAGAAAGAAGAACGAUCACAUCUCCACUCUCCAUGUUAUUCAUCAUGGGAUUAUGCCAAUGUCCACUUGGUUUGGGGUUAAAUUUACUCCAGGCGGCCAUUCGUCGUUCUUCGGUCUGCUGAACACAUUUGUGCAUAUUGUGAUGUAUGGCUACUAUCUUUUGGCAGCCCUCGGGCCAAAGGUCCAGCCAUACUUGUGGUGGAAGAAGUACCUGACAACCCUCCAAAUGGUACAAUUCGUUCUCGUGUUCAUUCACACCUUCCAAUUGCUCUUCACCGAGUGCAAUUAUCCAAAGGCAUUCGUCUGGUGGAUUGGAAUGCACGCUGUACUCUUCUUCUUCCUCUUCAGGGACUUUUACAUUAAGGCUUACACCAGGAGGAAGGCGAAGAAGACUUCAUUGUCAUUAGAAAAGGAGCAGAAAUCGGCGAAGACGUUGAACGGUUAUGCCAAUGGAAGUGGAAAAUUCGCCAAGAAUGGCUCUGCUUAUCCCAAUGAGUACAAAAUAGCCACUGGUUAUAUCAGUGAUAAUGGCCUCAGAAACCGCGUCUUCAUUAGCAAUCGUAGUAUCGAGGAGUGACUUAUGACUGUUUUGCCAAUGAUCUUCUCAAUUACGGGAGGGAAAAUUAUUUUUUUCAUGUUGAGUUGUUCAUAUUUCACGCGAUUUGGGGGAUGAAAAACAAUUUUUUUCAUUUCAUAAUUGAUGGUUUACUUUUCUACUGAAGAGAUGGUUCAUCGAAUUAGCUUACAUGACUAAGAUACGCAAGAGGAAGAACAAAUCAGUAGUCAAGUGGUGAAAAGGUAUGAUAAUUCACCAAAUGAUGAUAAAAUUUGGACUGAUUCGAAUCGUUUUACUACUUCUCGACUGGUGUUUUUUCCCUAUUUUUUUACGCUCACGGGGGAUCAACAUUCAUGCGAUAUUCCGCGUCAUUGUAUGUUUGGUUGAGCAUGUGUGAUUGUGUGAGAGGUCUUGUUCAAUAGUUUCGGUGGCCACAUUGUUGAAUCGAAAUUCCAAAGAUUUUUUCAUGAGCCCUUUGUCCCUUUAUCCCUUGAGUUUAUAAUAGAUGAAUGUGACACAAACGAGAGUUUUCUAUCCAUUGAGAUGAGAAUUUUAAGACUUUAUUAAUUAGAAUAGCGGUGAUGCCAUUACAAUUCCUGUUAGAAUGUCUCAUAGAUUGACCCUUUUCAAUGUUAAUUCUGUGGUUCGAGAGAAAUUGUGGGAAGUAAAUGUAUCUCAAUCUGCUCAACCAUAGAAUCUUUGGAAAAAAUAUUUCCAUGCCGAUGCAUCAUCAUGUGAUGACAAGUGGAUGAUGACGAGUUAUUGAGUAAGAUGAUUUCAAAUGUUCGGAAGACGUCCAUAAGCGCGUCCCGAAUCGGGUACGUUAUGUAUUCACUCGACAAUCUCAAAUAGGGAAUUACUAGAUUAAGAUUAUGAUACUCUUGGCUUUGAGUUAUCAAAUUCCCGAGGAUCAUGUAAUAAUUUUUUUUUGUACUUUAGCCAUGUUUAGAUGUAAUGUAUAUUUAUGAAAAUACAUGUGUCUUUAGGAGUAAAUAUUGAAUUGAAUGGAUGUUAGAAUUUAGGAAAAUCAAUAAACUGCAAACAAUUUUUCCCUA